AUGACAUCGCUCGCCUGUACGUCUCGGAGCUUGAUUUUCAAUGAACGACAGGGAAGAAAAGGCAAAGGCAAGGAUACAGGCCAAUCAUACUCAUCGGGGAAACUCCCAAUCGAACGGCUGUGUCAACUUGUCGAUGGCAUGAGCUUGCUCGAUGCGCAAGGUCUCGAACUUGCGUUCCACCGUGUUGAAAAGAACGCGCUCGAGCAUGAGCCUGGUGAAGACCAGGCUCUCAGCCCAUUCCAGCAGAAGAGAAAUCUAGUCGAGACAGGCUUGCAGAGCCUCUUGCCGCAGUCGGUUUCACACGAGCUCGCACGGCGAGGUGGAAGAUCGCCAACAUCCGCAUCCGCACAGCUCUUGGCUUACGGUGCGACCAAUAACUUCACAGGACUAGAGGAUCUGGUCUCUCCCGUGAUGAUCUUCGACUAUCUCCGACCAAAAUUGGUCGACAUCUCGGACAGCUUCGGCACGCUAGUCAUACGUCACACGCCAUUUGAGGCUAUACCAUCCGUUGGACCACUGUUGGAGACACAAGUCCGGCGCGCGGUCGAGAAGGGCGAUCACCAGGCGGUCGGAGCCUUACUGAACCGCAGUGAUGCCACAAUCGAUGUCAACAGCCAGGUCAUGCUCUACGAGGGUCGCCAGCUCACCGCAAUUGAACUCGCCGCACGUCUGCAGCAUCUUGCACUCACCAGGACACUUGUACAUCUUGGGACAGAUGUCAACAAGACGUACGACAAGGCAUACUGCUCUGAGGGCCCACGCAAGAUCGCACUUGAUGAGGGAGCAUAUCUGAAGAAAUAUGGAUUCGGGAGAGGAGCUCUCGAGUGUGCUCUCUACAACGGCCGGCCACCUCUUGCUGUAAGUGCAGAUCUUGUUGCCACGCUCUUGGACGCCGGCUCGAAGACCCGUGGGCCUGUGCUUCAGACUCUGUUGGCCGGUGGAUCUGUGGCCAUUGGCUAUCUCCUGUUGAGUCGAUGUUCUUCGGCCGAUUUCGAGGGCUGGCUAACGUUCGGGGCCGUGCAUGAAGCGUCCUACCAUCUUUCUGAGAGUGAUGUCUGCAACCUGGUUCGACGACUUCACACAAACGCCAUGAAUUUGGAUGCUCUGAUGCCACGCCAAAGGGACAAGUCCGAGCGGCCGACUGUCUGGAAAAUCGAUCGAUUCCCUCCUUCUCUCAUCGACAUCGCCAUCAAACGAGGGCAUCACAACGUUGUGACUUGUUGGUACGAGUUUGGAGCUUCUCUCACUCAAACCCCAAUGACUGUGGCGAUCUUGAGCCGCGAUAGUGACAUCUUUACUGUCGUGUGCGAGCUGACCCUGGACAACCCGAGACGCCAACGUGUCUCGGCAGACCAUGAAAAUGAAGUUAGCGGUCCUGAAUGGCCAAAGUUGAAAGGUUGGUCAUACUCAGACCACUAUCGCGCUUCGCCAUUCUCGGAAGCCUUGAUAGCUGACAGAUUCGCCCAUUUGGCGUCCUGUCCUGUAGAUAUGCGGAAUGAACACGAAGUCUGUGUUGCCAUAGCAGCUGCGGCUCAGGUCGACGAUACUAGGCUUUGGCAGUCGCUUCUGAAAUACAUCCAUGAUGACCGGCGCGGUGGCGUUCUGGAUUAUGCUCUGAUCAAGGCUGUCGAAAAAGACGACACCUUGACGGCCUUGGCUUUACUCCAAGCUGGGGCCAGUGUACACUUCAUGGCCAGCAGUGCCGCCCUGGGGCACAGCGGUAGCUUGGAUCGCGGCCUUGGUCCACCACAUUCACUUGUAAUGGCAGUGCAUCCCCAGACCAAAGUCUUGGUCCACGCCUUGUUAGACCAUAAUGCGGCCGACGGACUGUUGUUUGACGAGAGCAACAUUCCUGUCGCUGAAGCCGCCACACCGGGUGAUACUUUUAUGAUGCAGGACCUGAUCUUUGCUGGAUGCCUCACGGGAAGCGGUCUGGAACAUGCUGUCAAACACCGCAACGAUAUCUUUUGCAGAGCCCACCAUGAUGCUUCUACGACCAGCCUGUUGCUUCCAGACCCACCGCGAUGUACCGCGCUUCCAGCACAGCAUUGGCUACCGCAGGACGCCACGGUGAUAUCGAUAUGA